AAAGAUCCGCCUUCGUGGUCAGCCCCAGAUGCUUACGAUGUCAUCCCGGCAUUGACAUUGAAUCUAUUCGGUCAAGGCAGCAUAAUUAAUGCUGCCCGACCAAAUCAGCAGCCACCAAUAACUUUUUUCAAGCAAUAAACAACGACAAUUCAAAGCAUAUUCAUGGAUACUUUCGUACAUGCCUUAACCAACCUGCCUUGCCUACUGCCUGACGAUACCUUAUUCAUCCUCCCAAACGGCGGCGCUAACUCUACCGACCUACCUACUGUACCUUACGCACCCACCUUUCCUGCCACUUUACUACGAUCAUCUUAACUACCUAGAGGAGACUAAGGUACCUACUUGGAGCAUCUUGGUCGAUGCUUCUGCGCCAAGUUCACCUCACCCUCGUAUCCCAGUCGGCGCACGCCCUCAUUUGUCAUUUCCGAGUCGUCCGCCCUGCGUCGUUGCUACCUUUAGCUACAGGCUGCUCCGCCAUUGCAAUCGUCACUUUCUCCUCGACGUCGGCUUUCCAUUUAUAGAUCGAAGGAACUCGACUCGCUAUCAGUCUCCACUAUCAAAAUCCGCGUCCCUGAUUACUCCCACCAGUAACAAGCCGAUAUCGACGACUACGAGGCCUCGAGAAAGACACAUAGCUGCCCUACCUGCCACGCUGCUGUUGGCGACGGACACAAGUCUCUCUCUGCCGCCGCAUAUUAGUAAAGGCUUGCAGCUUACAAGCUGUCAUGGCAAUGACGGAAUCAGGAUCUCAAGAUCAAGCUGAUCCCAAAAGCCGACGCAGGCCCUUUUCGACAUGGGUCAAGAAGUUGAAGAAUUUCAAAGGCGGCUACUCGAACGAAAGCAGUAAUUCAGGCUCCGGAAAACGCGAAAAGACUUUGGCCAAGAAGCGCCCCUUGAAGAAAAAUAAUCCAUAUCCAGAGUCAGGCAGGAUAGGGGGUGGUACGCAAGCACAGCACCGGGCAAGCACACGCUCGGUGUCUUCUGGUCCUAGCGGUGUUACGAGCUCGACUUCAUUGGCCAGGACGCUCUCCAUCUCGUCGACAACCGACGGCCAUGGCCGGGCUCCUACAGCGGGUGGCAGGUCGGUAGCGCCGACUGUGUCGACGACAGACCAUGAUAUAGCGCACUCGAUUGCUGCACCAUCCCAUGGCGCCUCGUCGGUAGCGGGUACCAGCCGCACUGCCAACGGUGGCGUCGAUUCUCGACGUGGAGGCGACAGCACGUUUUCUUCACCGGCGCCUUCGGUUCGCUCGCUAACAACGACACUUACCACCAUACAAUCCAUUCCUGUGGGCAUGGGAAACCAUAACGCACAUGGCCAAAACUCACAUACGGCCCAACAUCACUCGAUUCACUUCAACCAGCCAUUCCCAAACACACCCGCAUCUGCCAUCCCAGCUCAUUUAAAUCCCCCGCCGGCAGCUGGAGCCGGCCAGUCAGGGCACCCGACGACAUACAACACUGCCACAGCGAACGGGCUGCUCACGGACAACGCCUCAAUUUUGACCCUUGCAUCUUCAUCUAAGCGUCGGCGCCGCCGCUCCUUAGACACUGAUGCAAGCGUGCGCGCUUUGGCCCCUUCCUCCCUGUUCGGGGGCUCCCGCGAAUCACUUCCGCUGUCAGUGCUGUCCGCAACGAUAGACAGCGGCACAGGCCCGUCUGCCUCGACCGUUCCCCCGGUUCCAUCCACGCCUGGCGGAGCAUCACGUAGCGUGGCCGAGCGGGCCAGCAUAUACAGUAUCACUGGCAUUGGGGGCACUGACAGGAACAGCUUGUACGCUGGCAAAACUCAAAUUCAACAGCCGCAGUCACUUCCGGCCCAGGAAAAGUCUGGUGGAAGCGUUUUUGGAGCAGACGCUGCCAGUGUCCGAAGCGGACGCCUGGGACAUGGUCGAGCCGAGAGCAUCAACGGCAGCCUUGGUGUGACAAGUCCGUUGACUAGUCCCCGUGAGGACUCGGGCGAGGAGGAGAAGGCCGAAACAACCAAGGCAGAUGCGGGUGACAAGCCGGCUUCUUGAAUUAGGCGUUUCAGGUCGGCAAUCCGCGUUUUUCUCCUUGCUGUAACUGCUUUCGUAUUCGAGAGCAAGUCGAGCGCUCUUCUCUGGCUGGUGGCAGAUCCGCAACUUGCGUUGGCCCUUGGUUGUCUUUAUUUACUCUUCCGCGACGAAGUUAGGACUUUGUUUGUUUUGGUUUGUUUUUAUUUCCUUGCUCGGUUAUGGUUGGAGACAAGAAGGGGGGGGAACAUUUCAUAAUAAGGCAGGAAUCCGAUACCCAAAGCGUAGUUAUUCUGAUCGGCUUAGUAUCAAGGGAUAUUUGAGAAGCCAAAAAAACGCAGCUUCGAACAGAGUUUAUUGUUUUCUUUUCACAGCUUUGUGCUCAGGCUUCUAGAAUUGAAUAGUGUUAGCCAGACAGCAGUGACACUUUGAAAUGUAUUAGUGUGUAAAAAUAACCUCGG